AGUUCUUUGCACAGCUCCAAAGAAUUACACUGUAGCAGAGGCGAAAGGAAAUAUUAAACCACACUCUUGUUCAGAUAUUGUGGUAAGAAGAAUUUCUCUUGACGAAAGUUUGGUGGAAAUUGUUGAUAAAUUUCGAGUGGAAGUUUUCUACACUGACAUAGGUACCUCAAGUCGAAAACUCGUCCCCACUUCAUUGCUUGGUGCUAAAGAUAUUCCGGCUGUGCUGCUUUCAAGCGAUUCAGCAGCAAAACAGGUUUCAGAGGAGCUACAAAACUCUAAGCUGACACUGGAGCCAUUUCAUCCCGACACUGAGGAAAAACAAGGUGAGUUUCUCAGCACUCGUUGGUUGUUACUGACAGUUGCAAUUGCUUGUUUGAUCGCUCUUGGCUCCCACACUGCUGGACAGGUGGACGAUAGCAGCUUUAUACCAAGCUAUAUCUCAUUUACCCCAAAUCAAAAACUAGUUGCUGCAUAUAUUCUUGGCUUGGUGACAAUGGCAAUAUUUAACCCUCUGUGAAAGCAGUGAAGAAGCAGCAGUUUGUACAAAGAUAUAUUUCGUCUCAUAUAUAUAACACACAUUUGUAAAUAGUUUCAAGUUCUUUAAACAACCAUGUCUCGUACUUCUAUAACUGGUGCCAGCCGCAGAAGUAAACGAUUAGUUGAGAGCGGUUAUUACGUAUUUCCUAAUGAAUUGGAAGGCACUGCGAGUGAGGAUGAUGACACGAUGUCAGUGGACUCUGACAUGAGUGAGAGAAGGGUUAAAUAUAGUGGUGGAUCACCUGUUCAUCGGCCAUUUAAUUGGCGUAAAAAACGGAAUCCUUCUGGGUCUCCUGUGCGUUCACCAAAUGCUGGGAUCCCAGAAUCAGCAAGCGCAAGGUCGGUGCUUAUCAAGAAGCAAGUCACACGCAGAACUGGGGUGACGAAAGUGCUAAGUGCCUCAAGCACGCACCAGGGGCAAAGUGUAUACAGUGCUGCCUCUGCUCCUGUUGUACAGGGAAGCAUGCAAAUGUAUGGAAGUGAGGGUGGUGCCCAUGGUAGCACUGCCCCUCACCAUUUCGCAAUGGGGGAGUCGUCAAACCACCGACACCAAACAAGUGGUUUCACUGCAACAAGUUACCAUGAAGGUGAUUCUCAAGGCUCCAUACAUCAAACACACACAGCGGUGGCAGCGGAUUCUAAUUUUAAAAUGCCGGGUGCAACUGUAGCCCACAGAAGGAAAAAAUUACAUGAGACACAUGAAGAAGAACAACAAAUUGUGACUGACAUGGAACAUUCAUUCUCAGAUGAUGAAACACUCCCGAUGCCCCGCAUUAAAGAGCAUGGUAAAGUGAAGCAUGGUGUGGAACGGAAUCAGUUGUUGCUGUUCAGGAUUUUUGUAUUGUUUUAUCAAAUUUUUUGCUCAUGUGGUACUAUCAUUGCAAACACUGUGUGGAAUAUUGGACGUUUCUUAUACCAGAGUGUAACCAAAGUACUUGUGCUAGACACAUGGCUUUUAUCAAGAAAAGCACCAAGAUUCUCUUUUUUCCAAACAACUACUAAGUUCUUGCGAGCACUUCUUGUCCUUCUUGGUGUACUUUGUGCAUGUUUUGCUUGCUAUUCAUAUUUAUCAAGAAAAGACCUAGGUAUACAGAAAGGGUUGAACAAGCAGACCUACUGGGACAGAAUCUCAGCCUAUUCUGACCCAACUGUCUUGUUUGAAACAUUUAAAGAUACCAAGUCAAAGUUGGCAGAUAAUGGACCAACAUUGCAGAUGGCUAAACAUGACAGGGAUGCGUUGAAACAAGCAAUUGAGAAUAUAGAGCUGGCACUUGGACAGUUGGAGGUACGGGUGGCGGACCGACAUUCAAAUCUGCUUGAUCAAAUGCAGAUUAUGCAUGCGAGCCAUGCAAAGGAUAUUGGAAAAUUGGGUGACGAAAAUAAGGAGGUGGUCAAGUCUGUAAAGAACAUGGUGGAAAGCUCGGUAGUUCAUCAACUUGUGGAUGUUACAGCAUUGUUUGAUGAAAAACUGUUAAAGCUACAGGAUCAAAUUCACUUACUUAAAGAAAAUGGAAAUGAAUCAUUGGAAAAGCUGAAGUUGUUAAUACAAGGAAAAGAGACGUCACUAUCAAGUGAAACACAAAAUGUUCUCAGUCAUGUCAAACGUUUUGAAGAUUUAAUCUCGAGCCUAGAUGAGAAAAUUGUACAGCUUAAAUUAGAGCACAGUGUAUUCAAGUCAUCUAUUGAGAGUAAAAGUGGAAAUGUGAGCUACAUUAAAGAAGUCGCUGAUGAUCGUUUCGUUGAAAACUUUCUUCAGCUUUUGCAAAGCACGACAAAGUUAAAUAAGCCAAGCAACCGUAGGUACCAACAUUUGGCUGCUGUGUUCAUACAAUGGUUGCAAAUGAAAGGUUUUAUGGAUGAACAAAGCAUCCUCGUUCUGCAGAACAAUAUCAUUAAAAAUACUUCUUCCGUGGCCGUGGAACUGAACAAAGAACUGGAGAGGAAAUUGCGGAAAGAGCAACCUAAAAGAUCAACAGUAACUCUCGACACGAUUAUUCCAAAACAACAAAGUACACCCUCAACCCCAUCAACAGUCACUGAAGUACUGGUUAAGACAUGGAUAAAGGAAUCUUUGGAUAUUUACAGUGCGGAUCGUAUUGGCAUGGGUGACUUUGCAUUGGAAUCGUCUGGUGGUUAUAUCGUUAAUACACGAUGCUCUACCACCUUCCAGCAAAAAACUGCACUCGUUACAUUAUUUGGGAUCCCAAUAUACUACAAUACUAAUACACCACGUGCUGUGAUACAAUCAAGUGUCAUGCCUGGGGAGUGCUGGGCAUUCCAGGGAUCGGAAGGUUAUGUUGUUAUUGGAUUAUCUGCUUCUGUGCAACCAGACUCCUUCACAUUAGAGCAUAUACCUCAGGCACUUGCCCUAUAUAGCAAUAUAACUAGUGCUCCUAAAGAUUUCUCAGUAUAUGGAUUACACACAGCAUCUGAGAUUAAUGGAGAUCAUCUUGGUUCGUACAGAUAUGAAGAAAAUGGCUCUCCAAUACAAAACUUCAAAGUGGAGGCGAAGAAGUCCGACCAAACGUACAGAUUCAUAGAGUUAAGGGUUGCCAGCAAUUGGGGCAACCCACACUUUACUUGCAUAUAUCGGUUUAGAGUCCAUGGAACAAAAGUAGAUGAUACUCCCCUUUGAAAGUUUAGAUUCACACACAGUUCUUCUGUAAUACUGUACCUUGAAUUGCUCAAUAUACCUUUUGUUUUUGUUUUUCUCUUGGUAUACCAUUACAUACAAACAAAAAUAGCAAAAUUUAAUGUAUUUCAUAAAGACUAUGCAAAAUAAAUUGCAGGCAGCAGUCACAAAUUGUUCCACUUUUAAAACUUCAUUACAUCUCAUCCACGAAACUUGAACGCUCAGGCAAAGCAGUACACGCCUUUAUAUAUACUAUUUGCAUGCUUGUUUUUUUCUUAUUUGUUUCACUAUUGCAGCACUGCUUCGCUUGGUUGGUUGUUUGCAUUACAAUAGCAUAUAUU